GACAAGCAAGAUUGAAGAAGAGGAGACGACAAGGAAGAUUGAAGAAGACGACAAGGACGCCGCCUCGAAGAAGAAGAGGAGACGACAAGGAAGACGACGACGACGACGCCUCCAUUCGAAGCCAAUCGAUCAUGAAAAAAAAUCUCGCGGAACACGCCACUCAUUUAAAUUGGGAGAACUCAACACUCCACUCAUCUUCUACCCAGGCCCCGGCACCUAGUCCUCAGAAAUGGCGACCAGCGGCCAACAUGCCCUCCGCCAAUCUCACGGCGAUGAGGAGAAUCCCGCCGCCGCUGUUUCUGCUGCCGAAGAGAAGGGCCGCCCGGCACGGACAAAUCGCAUUGCCUCGCUGGACAUUUUCCGCGGCCUCACUGUCGCUUUGAUGAUCUUGGUGGACGGGGCCGGCGGCGAGUGGCCGGUCAUUGGGCACGCCCCGUGGAAUGGGUGCAAUCUCGCCGACUUCGUCAUGCCUUUCUUCCUCUUCAUCGUCGGGAUGGCGAUCCCCCUUUCCCUCAAGAGGAUGCCGAGCCGGCGGCAGGCUUUCAGAAGGGUGAUGGUUCGGACGCUCAAACUGCUCUUUUGGGGUAUCAUCUUGCAAGGUGGCUAUUCUCAUGCUCCUGACAAUCUCACUUACGGAGUUGACAUGAAACAAAUAAGAUGGUGUGGCAUCCUUCAGAGAAUAGCUCUGGCAUAUAUGGUAGUGGCUGUCUUGGAAAUCCUGAUCAAGGAUGCAAAAUUUGACGGUCAGCAAACUACAGGCUAUUCCUUAUUUAAGUUGUACUGGUGGCAGUGGUUCCUUGGUGCAUGUGUUAUUGUUAUCUACUUCUCAGUGAUAUAUGGGGCAUAUGUUCCUGAUUGGGAAUUUACAGUGCACAAUAUUGAUAGCCAAGAUAAUAGAAAGGUUUUCAAGGUAGUUUGUGGUACUAGAGGAAGGUUGGACCCUCCUUGCAAUGCUGUAGCUUUUGUUGACCGACAAGUGUUGGGUAUCAACCAUAUGUACCACCAUCCAGCUUGGAAAAGAACAAAGGCUUGCACUUUUAAGUCACCCCAUGAAGGACCUUUGCGCAAUGAUGCUCCAGCAUGGUGCCAGUCACCAUUUGAACCUGAAGGGAUUGUUAGCUCAAUUUCUGCUAUUCUGAGCACAAUUAUUGGAGUACAUUUUGGCCAUGUGCUUGUGCAUAUGAAGGGUCACUUGGACAGGCUAAAACAUUGGUUUUCAAUUGGAGCUGCUCUCCUUGUGCUUGGAAUUGUUUUACAUUUUUCACAUGCAAUCCCGUUGAACAAGCAACUGUAUAGCUUCAGCUAUGUUUGUGUUACAGCUGGAACAUCCGGAAUACUUUUCUGCACCUUCUAUGUUCUGGUUGACAUUUUGGGCUUCCGUAAUUUGUUUCUGCCAUUGGAAUGGAUUGGAAUGAAUGCAAUGCUCGUCUUUGUAAUGGCAGCGGAGGGAAUAUUUGAGGGUUUUUUGAAUGGUUGGUAUUAUGAGACCACUAACAACACACUGGUCUAUUGGAUUCGGAAGCACGUAUUCAUCCAAGUGUGGCGUUCACGACGAGUGGGUGUUCUUCUUUAUGUCAUAUUUGCCCAGAUCUUGUUUUGGGCCCUCGUGGCAGGUGUGUUGCAUCGGAUGGGUAUUUAUUGGAAGUUAUAAAAGAUCAAGUGUUCAGAACAUCACACUCCUAUUUCUUCCAACUGCCUGUUGUCUGAACUAGAUCUUUGUCAAACAUUCGCAAAAUGUUAGAGCUCUGUAUAUUUUGUUCAUGUGGUCAGGGAUCUAGGCACUUCACAUCUCCAAGACAUUAGAACUGCAAAGCUGAGUUUUCGAGAUUGUAAAUAAUGCAAUUUAGAAUUCAUGUUGUCCAGAGCUUUGGUUUGCAUAAAUUGGCAUUUAGUGGCAUAAGAUGAUUCGCUCAUCUUAGCGCCUUCGUUAA